UAGUCAGCUACUUUUGGUUAUGUAAUCUUCAACCAGCAUAUUUUUUAAAAUGAUAAUAUAUACUUUUUUUGUGUCCUCCAAUAUCCAGAUGCCCAUAUUGAGGCCAUAGUCUAGUCAGGAAUUUGAGUACAUUUUGAGGGAAUUUAAUAAAGAACAUGAUACCAUAUCGUUAUCAAUGCAGUAAGAAUCACAUUCAACUAGCACAUCAACUAUAUUUUUUAUGUGUUGAGCUUCUUGAGAGCUUGUGAAUCACAUGAACUAGACUAUCACUAAACUUACACGAGUUAUGGCACAGAAAAAAGCUUCUCAUGUGCUUGUAUGCAAAGAGUUAAAGCCACACCUGCUAAUGGUCUUAGUCCAGGUGGGCUAUACCUUUUUGUAUUUCAUCACUGAAGCCUCCUUCAAUCAUGGUAUGAGCCCUUAUGUGUAUGUAACCUAUCGCCAUAUUGUGGCUGCGGUUGUGAUGUUCCCUUUUGCAUACUUUUUGGAGAGAAAUGCAAGACCGAAGCUGACAUUUGCUCUUUUCAUGGAAAUUUUUGUGCUUUCUCUGUUAGGGGUUAGUGUGACUCUUAAUAUGUACUUUGCAAGCCUAAAAUACACAAAUCCGACCUUUGUUGCUUCCAUGAUCAACACCAUAGCUUCCCUUACCUUCAUCAUUGCAGUGGCACUCAGGUUUGAGGUUCUUGAUCUUCGAAAUCCUCGGGGUAUAGCAAAAGUUAUUGGGACCAUUAUCUCCUUAGCUGGUGUUUUGAUCAUGACACUGUACAAAGGACCCGUUAUGAGAAAUUUAUGGCAUCCACUAAUCCAUAUUCCAGGGAAAAGUGCUGCUAUAAAUGAAGACUGGUUAAAGGGUUCAAUUCUUACAGUUUCAAGUUGUGUUACAUGGUCUUUAUGGUACAUUAUGCAGGCAUCCACUUUGAAAAGAUACCCUGCCCAACUCUCACUCACCACGUGGAUGAGCUUUGUUGGAGCAGCACAAUCUGCUGCUUUCACAGUUAUAGUAGAACACAACUCUUCAGCAUGGACUAUAGGGCUAAACGUUGACUUGUGGUCCACAAUAUAUGGUGGAGUUGUUGUUGCUGGUUUGAUAAUCUACAUUCAACUAUGGUGCACUGAGAAAAAAGGGCCAGUUUUUGUCACAGUGUUUAAUCCUCUUUCUACGAUAUUAGUGGCAAUUCUAGCCUACUUUGUCUUUGGAGAGAAACUUUAUUUGGGCAGCAUCAUAGGUGCAAUAAUUGUCAUAAUUGGUCUGUACUUUCUGUUGUGGGGCAAAGAAGGUGACCAAGAGGUUUAUAUGAAGACCAAAGAUAAAUCCCAGUGCAGUACUGUAGACCCAGAAUGCAGAAUAUAGAAGAAGUGUGUCCAGUGUUCUCUUAUCAAGGUGGGAAGAGAACAGAACGUUUAAGUCAUGAAGCUUUCUAUUCUAGUCAUACGUUUUGGCCAAACAUUUUCGUGUGAAAGCCAUAACGGUUUGUUGCUUUCCAAUGCUCUGAAAUCAGACAUUUUAGUUAACUAAUUGGGUGUUCGGAUCUACGUGACAUUCCUUUUAAAAUCACGUUGUGUUUGUGUUUGACGUGAGA